AUUUCAAUUAGGUAAUUGUUAAAAAUAAUAAUCAAUAUAUUUUAUAUGGCUCACCUUUAAUACAUGUUUUGCUAAUGUGUCAGCUUCGUAGCCAGAGUACCUAUCUACUAACCAGAAAUUACUCUGCUUACAAAGCUGACGGUCUCGGGUUCAAAUCUGUGUAAGGGCAAAGAUUUGUGUUCCAGGAAUCUAUUAUUUUUUUCUCAGUAUUAUUUCUAAGUAUUAGUAAAUAAAAAUGGAAAUUGUAUGUUGGAGUCAUCAGGGCAUGCGUAUUAGCUAUUUUUUGGUUGACUGGAUCAAACGAAAUACUUUUAGGUAAGUAGGUACUUACUUAUGUUAUUUGCUUAACAAUUAAUAAAUAAUAAAUAAAUAUUAUACAGACAUUCUUACACAAAUUGACUAAGUUCCACGGUAAGCUCAAGAAGGCUUGUGUUGUGGGUACUCAGACAACGAUAUGUAUAAUAUACAAAUACUUAAAUACAUAGAAAACAUCCAUGACUCAGGAACAAAUAUCUGUGAACAAAUAUAGGUACUAAAACACGUGGUUUGACGCCUCUGACACUGAUAAUAGUCGUGUAAAUAUAUUUUUGUGACGUUGGCUUCUAAAGAUGUUUGUGAAUUUAAUCGUACCUUAACAUAUCAAAUUUGAUGAUUCAUGAAGUACUCAAGUCAAGUUAGAUCACAAAGUCGGAGAGUUCCGACUUAAGCAGCAGACGCUGAGACCGAGAGGGGGGUAGUUCAAUGCAACCGUGUUUACAUUGUACUUUAGCUCGCAGAGGUAGGUCCGUGUUUUAAUAAUCGUAGGCAGCCAUGACAAAUGUGAACGUUUUAUAUUUGCUUGCGGGUGAGCAGUUAAACGACCUUUCUUUACGCGGACGAAGUCGCAGGUAGAGACAAAUUUACAAUAGAAUCCAGAACAUUCCAAAGACAAUAAAUUCGAUUAUGUUGUUAAUAGGUUACCUGUUUAAAGUAUUUAAGAAUCUUAGUGAACCACAAAAAUGUCAACUCAUUUAACAAAUUAUGAUUAUGUCAUUAAAAUACGAUAAAUAAGAUCAGUUAUUUUCUUUAAAAUGUCUUUGCGAAAAAAGAGGUUUACAACUAACAGACCAAUAUUUUUAUGUUUAUAGAAGCGCUUCUCCGAUACAAAAACUGGCCUGCACACAUGUUCUGGAAAACAAUUAAAGGCCUUUGGGCGCGACAAGGACGCAGCAUCACAACUUUUGUUUGUAAUUUUUCAUUUUGAUAUCGAAUGGAAUAAGCUGGCUGCCAUAAAGCAAGUUUACUCAAACUUACAAGGAAGCCCAGCUAAUUUAAAUACCUAAAGCCAUUCAUUAAGUACCUGGAUCGUUAAUUACAACUUUUUUAUUUUCCUCAAUGACAAAGGAACAGUCGGCGAAAAGAAAAGUAGACAAGUGUCGUGACACGCACCCCUCGAGGAGCGAAGAGCGGGGGUGUCCAGCUGGCCUAUCGCGGCGCGGAACGGAGCCUUCGGCGGCGCCCAUUGGCCCGCCCGCAGGGGGUGCGCGCCCCGCCCCGUCCUCGAAGCUCGCCCUUAUUGAAUUAGGCUUAUCAUUCGAUUUCGAGUGGGGCGAGAGCGCGGUCCUGCGCUGGCAAAAACUAACGUUGCGAUCCGAUACCAUCUGUAAUCGGCAUAAUUCGAUAUACUCGCGGCUCAUCCAAUUAUGUGGUUGUGAGCCUUCGCGCUUUCUGACAGAAGACGCACGCGCCCCGCGCGGCGCGGCGCUCUGCCGCCGGUCUUUGGUCCAUGGUGAAGAUCAGAUCAGAGUGAUCAUGGAGUACGGGUACUUAAGCGGUGCCGGUGGUGGCUUCGAGGGCGGCUGCCUGGGCUCGGGCGGCGGCGAGCUGUCGUGGGGCGAGCUGGCGUCGUGCGGGCAGAUGUCGCAGGCCGCCUACCGGUACCAGGGCAUGCGCUACCAGCCGCCGCCGCCGCAGUGCGCGCGCCCGCAGGACCAGGCCAUGAGGAACCACCACAUAUUUCCGCCAACUAUGAACUUGCAACCGGGAUUACCAUACAAAGUAUACGGCGGUCACGAAGGUUCCCUAACGGAGAAAAGGAAACAGCGGCGGAUCAGGACGACCUUCACGUCCGCCCAGCUCAAGGAGCUCGAGCGGGCGUUCCAGGAGACGCAUUACCCCGACAUCUACACGCGGGAGGAGAUCGCCAUGAAGAUAGACCUCACGGAAGCCAGGGUCCAGGUAUGGUUCCAGAACCGUCGGGCGAAGUUCCGCAAGCAGGAGCGGUUAGCGCAGCAAAAGGCAGGCGAGGCCCCAGUGAAGGCGGAGGGCAAGCGCGACAAGCCGGCGUCGCCGGCGGUGUCGCCGCACCCGCCGCCGGCGCCCGCGCCGCAGCCGGCACACCAUGCCCUGCCGCACCUCUCCCCGCCCGACCUCAAGCCUAUCACGUCAGCAGCAAACAAAUUAUGUGAAGAGCUGAACGGUAUCGGAGGGGGCGCGGGCGGGGGCGGCGCGGCGGCGGGCGGCGGCAAGUGGGCCGGCGGCUGCGGGCUGCUGCGCCAGCCCUCGGGCUUCCCGCUGCUCAGCGUGGCCCCGCCGAACUACCUGCUCUCCGACCACCUCGGCCCGCUAGCCAAAACGAACAAUCAUCUUUUCUAAUGGCCGUACCGUUGCCCCGGCGCCGCCCGCGACGCAACCGCGCUGUACACUAACCCACAUUCUUACUAACAUUCCACGUGAUAUGACACUCUUCCAAUAUUAGAAGUGAAAAUUAGAUUCAAACGAUUUGUGACUUGUGACGAAACUCGAAGUGAAAACAAUUUCAAGUGCCAAAAGUUUGUGUCCAUUAAAUAAUAUUGCAAUAAUAAACUUAUAAAACGAAUUUUAGAUUUAUUUAUCGUAAGAAAGCAAGUACUGUUCAUCUACAUAAACAAGGAUGUAUGAUAUUACAGAUUUAGUAUAUAAGUAGGGUAAGUAGCUAACGUUAUAUAGAAUAAUACAAUUUUAUGUGAUAAUGACUGUAAAUAAACAUUCCAAUCGCAAAACAAUGUAUACGUUUGUGAAGUAUACCUUUUGUAUUGUAUAAGAAACUAAAGAUUAUGGAUGUUGUGUUUUAAUGUAUUUUUGUUAAGUACCUGUAUUACCUAUCCAUUUGAUAAAAAAUUGUCAAAAAUAGACGAGUAAGCAACGAGUUAGAGACUCGAUGGUAAAGUCACUCCUUGAUACUAAAAGUGCGAUGCUAGAAGCAAAAGCUAAGCGUAAGAAACUUGGUCUUAUUUGUAUUAUUGUUAUAUUCAAUACUGCAAUUUAAUUGUGUUAUUCUCGUCACCAACAAAUCUAGUCAAAACAAAUGCACAAACUUAUACGAUAGAUUUUUGUUUUCUGUAAUUUAAGUAUAUUUAUUUGAUACUAUCUUGAAAUUAUUAUUAUGCGUACUUUUAAGAGCUGGAGUAAAGUGACAGAUGACGUAGGAUUCGUAGGAAACACUUUGUUAUCAGGCACAUUCUUUUUGGCGUAAACCUAGAUAUUAAUGAGUUUAAAUUUUAACUAUGGAAAUGUAUUUCCAAAAAUUUACAAUUAUAGUCAACUCGAAGUACUACUGUAAAGUAGGUAAUUUAAUAGAUCAAAUUAGUUCUCCUUAAAACUGGAAAGUAUAUGAAAGAACGGCGCGCAAACGUCUAUUUACUCCAGAUAUUUAAAACACGACUGUGUAGGGACAAAUGGGAUAAAGUUUUGUCAAUUAAUUCUCAAAAAGCUCCAAUUUAUAGAGGUCGAUUAGGGUCGAUUUUCCUCUUUGAGCUUCGAUCGUGGGGUUCUCACUCCCCUGGAUGAGAUUUGGAGGUAUUUUUUUUCAAUCUAGCGCUCAUUUCAACAGCUUAAAAAUGUACAUCUAACACUGAUAAUGCCCUAUACAUUUCUGAGUCAUUAAGUAACGACGGUACAUAACAUCAAUAUUUACUUGUAGGACCAGCAAUAUAUAGUGAAUUGUAAAUAUUAGGUCAUUACCUAUGAAAUUGGCGUUUUGUAUGGAGAACUUUAACGAAAUUCGAUUUUUCAUACAAUGAAUUUUGCGGAUUAUUUUGUGAUGGCAUUUUCAAAUCAAAUUUUUUUGCCAGUAAUCAGAGACAUUUUUAAGGCACAUUUUCUAUCUCAUAUUUUUUUUAAAUAUGUCCCUUCAGAAAUAUAUAAGUCACUUAAAUACUCGAGCCGGCAGCACAUGAAAAGAGCUGUUUUCAGGGCGGUAUUGUGAAUACAUAAAACAAUAAAAGCAGCAAAUAAUUGUAUGUAAAAUCGUUAUUAUGUAGCGCACAAAUGAAAUUAAAAAAUACUUCGAAGUUACUAUUAAAAUAAAUUAACUAUGACAUGACUAAUACUUAUGAACAAAAACGCCAAUUUCAUAGGUAAUGACCCAAUAUCAGGUAACAACUGUCAGGGUUGUGAAACAGGGGCGGGCAAGUGCGAAAGUCUCAUUGUUUUAAAUACGAGUGGGUCAUCGAAUAUAAUUAUUUUACUAUACUUAUUUAUAUACAUCAGAACAAACAAGUGCUAUAUAAUAAACUUCAUAUUGUCAUAAUAAAUUAACAUUUAUAGUAGCAUUCCCAAACUUUGUCAUUGCAAAAUCUGUGCAGAGUUAGCGUGGUUCGAAUCUAGUCUUUACUGCCGCUUUAAACUCAUAGUAAGGGCACCAAACACAUCCUUUUGUAUAUUAGUAAUUUAAGAAGCUCGGCCAGAAUUCAGUCCCUUAUAAUGAUUUCCCGUAACUAGAAUAUAUUUGACCUCGGUAACACCUUUAUAUUGAACACAAAAUGUUUAAAUUGAGUAUUCUUAGAUUAACAAAAGUAUAUUUGCAGUUUCAGUAAUGUUCUGGCUGCGUAGCCAAUGUGCCAAUCGUUAACGCUCCGUGGCGUAGCGUAGUCAUCUCUAUCUAUCACUCUUUCAUAUUAGUGCGACAGUGUCACUUGCGUUUCAUUCGCUACGGAGCGUUAACGAUUGACUUGUUGGCUACGCGCCUUGUCGUCUUUACUAGAAAAGAUGGGCACCAAGAUUAGAAUAGUCCUAAAUUCCCUUGCCCAGGCCACGUAGCCAACGUGCCAAUUGUUAACGCUCCGUAGCGUAGCAUAGUUAUAUAUCGCUCAUAUAACAGUUCCGUUUCGUUCGCUACGGAGCGACACGAUUGGCACGUUGGCUACGCGGGCUGGGGACCCAACGGUGGCAUGAGAUCUAAGCUUGGUGAGAUCUGAUUAGAAAAUCUAUAAAAAUAUUGAAUUGACUGAAAUGGUAUAACGUUGAGGAAUGAUAAUGUAUAUAUUGUUUUAAAUAUAAAAAUGGUGUAAUUAAAUGUGUAAUAUAGAAAGUAACAAGAACCAUUAUGAUUUAAAAAUAAACAAUUGUUGUGUAAUCAUAUGGGUUGCCGGAGUGUAUGUAAUAUUUGAUGAGUUUGUGGAGGGUGUUUUAAUAAAGAGAGUAAAAUUGGAAAAUUCACUUUUAUUUAUAUCAGUCACAUUUUUUUGGAAACAAAAAUAAGAAGUUAAGCAGGACCCAAAGUUGCAAAUAUACACUAACGGCCAGAUUUGAACAUUAAGAAAUGUCAAAAUUUUCCUAAAUA